CUAAUUAGCUUUUAUUUUGUUAGCAGGAAAGCUGAAUUAGAAAACAUAUGGAAUCUAAAUUUUUUCGGUUUCUCAAAAUUGUGGGAGUUGGAUUCAAAGCUAGAACCGAAGCAGAAGGCCGUCAGCUUUUCCUGAAACUAGGUUACAGCCACGAGGUGGAGUUUGCUGUCCCUCCUGCUGUCCGAGUGUUUUGCUUCAAACCCAACAUAGUUUGCUGCACUGGAUUAGACAAACAUAGGGUGCACCAGUUUGCUGCUUCUGUUCGUAGCUGCAAGCCGCCUGAGGUCUACAAGGGCAAGGGUAUAAUGUAUAUUGAUGAAGUUGUUAAAAAGAAGCUAGGGAAGAAAUCAAAAUGAUGUUUAUUGUUUAUUGUUGAUUUGUGCGAGUUUGUUUGCAAGAAGCUCAGUCUUCUCAUGUCAAGUUGUUUGUUUUAGGAAAUGGUGAUAAGUUGUUACCUUCUUUGAUGAAAUGGUUUUAAGUGGGGGUUUGAGUCCCCUGUAUCAUCCUAGUUGCUCAUUUUCUUGUUAUUGGAUAUCUAUUAUAUAUAAGCCUGUUGCUUUAGCA